UGUGGAACUUGUUUCGAUAGAUCAAACAUUAAAUGUGAUUCGUGUAAGAUUAAUAAUACAAACAAACAGAAAGUUCUGCUGGAGCAAACAAAAAUCUUGGUCAUGAAAAUAAAAGAAAAAAGUUAGACGAAUUAAAAAAGACUACAAAUUUCAAACAAAACCCAAUAAUGCUGAAAAUAUUUCAUUUUGGAUCAUUACAAGAACUUUUGAUUCCAUAUGUCUGGGAGGCCAUCGAGAGCAAUAUCGUCCCUUCUGCAGAGGCAUACAUUAAUGAGUGUAAAAUAUGUAAAAGUCCAAAUUAUUUAUACAUGCACGAGCUAGUGUUAACAUAGAGCUAAGCGUUACUUAAUUACAGACUUGGUUUCUAACUAUUUCAAUCUUAAUUUUAGUAGUGGCGAGGAGAUGUUUGAUAAUAUUUUACGGUCGACAACAUCCCAAGUACCAGUUCAUAUCGCUUAUAGAAACAUGUGACGACUUCAUGUACACGUCUGCAGUGAAAUAAAUGAAUGAAAAAUGACAGCUCAUUUGAUAAGUCAGGAAGUAGUAAGAAGGGAGAAAACCUAGAUUUUAAAUUGGAAUCUUUCAAUAAGAAAAGUAAAGCAUGGAUUAUUUGGGUUCCACAUCUUGAAACUUUACUGUGAGUUUUCAGAAACCUAGAAAACAUCGUCACACUUAGGCAAUGGCUUUUGUAGUCCGUAAGUAUGCAACCUAACAAGCAUUAUCAAAACAGUCCGGAUACAUAAACUAAUCAGUCUGACAAUGAACUUUUCGUAUGGAGACAGUUUUUCAAGGAAGAAAUGUUAUCUGAUACAACAAAAAGAGACUGGAGAGCACGAGUCAGUUACUGGAGAUAAAGUAGAUUCUGGUUUUAUAAACUUUACCCAGCUUUGAAACAGUUACUUGCCAGGUUUGGUUUUACAAGGUGAUAUCAUCAGGUAAUGUGCCAGAGGUAUGUAAAUUGACACCUGUCUAUGUAACACAGACUGAAAGGCAAACUUAAGAGUGCAUAAAUCAUAAAUCAAAGGAAGCAAUAUGCAAAUUAAUUGAGAGUUGUUUGUAUAGGCUAAAGGAUGAAGAUAUGCAACAGUAUUGUAUGGGAAUGCUUGAUGGAGCAAAAGGGCAGAGAAAAGCAAUUUGAUUAAUUUGUGUAGUGAAAUUAAUUUAUGAUGAAAUACAAGACAAUUCAUCAGGUACAGAACAACAGGACAACAACACAGAUAUGUAAUGAAUCAUACCAAGUUGUCAUUUAUCAGUUCUCACCAAGAUGAAAAGGAAAGAUAAAGAGAUGGGAGGAAAUGGAUUUUAAUUAAUUGAGUUCAUGUAAGCAGGAAAAGAAUGUUAUUGUUUUUUGUGAACACCAGUGAUAUGGUGUGUGGCAUAUGUAAUUCCAUUGUACAUGAAGUUUUUGAUAUAGUGCUACGUGGAAAUGUAGAAUUUUGUAAUUACGGCAUUGGAAACGGUACUAAUAGGUAGAAGACUUACACACAGAGAGCAUUGAUUAGUUACAACCAUUUGCAUGUUAACCAAAUGAAUGAGAAAGGUAUUGAAUGUACAGUACAUUCACAGCUUAUAGCUUGAGAAAGUUAAGCACUGUGGACAAGAUACAUACCAUACUGAAGUUAAAAAGGAGGCAUUUAAAGGAUGAAAUAGAGCAAUACUACAUGGUAGAAGAACAUAUGUAUUGUCCAGUAAUUGCAUCUUUUUUUUUAAGAAAGUGAAGCAGAUAUAUUAGGAAUGGAUCAAGAAAACUGCGUUCUUAGUUGUGUUACAUUUGCUUAUAGAUAGUGAAAGAUAGUCAAACAAUUUUUGCAUCAGAAUAGGCCUAUCUUAGAAAACUAGCAAAAUGUAGUUGUUUACAUCAUCUAAUAUCUAGUAUUUAGCGACAAGUAGUAUUUAACAAAUUCUUCCAAAAUGCUGUUGUCUAGACAUGAAGACAAUAAGGAGAGCAUUGUUCAGUGUAUGUCCAAACAUUUUCUGAGGAAAAUUAAUUAAAAUUUCACAUGUAUAAAUGGUAAUUCUGCAGAGUUUAUAUAUGAAUGUACCAUUCAAGAAAACAUGUAAAGGUCUUGUUAUCUAAAGCCACAUAUACAGACCAACAAACAAGUGAAACCAUUUGAAUGUAACAUUUUUUAACAAGAAUGGGUCUAAACAUGCGUAAGUGGAUCAAGAUAAAAAUGUGAAAAGGACAUUUCUUUGCACAUACUAAGGAGCUUCCUUAUAAAUGUAUUGCAUUUAUAGAAUCAUUCUCAAGUUCUGAUACUUAGAAGAGACAUAUGGAUACGCAAACAGAAGUCCCAAAAGAACGUAAAUACGUUUGUGCUGUUUGUAGUAAAGCAUUUAUUUCAGCCCGAAACUUGCGGCAACACAUGUUUAUUCAUACUGGAGAUUUUCCAUAUAAGUGUGAUAUUUGCGGAAAGGGAUUUUCCUGUAAAUUGACUUUAAAGAGACAUGUGCCAAUUCAUACUGGAGACCGACCCUAUCAUUGUGCCAUUUGCAACAAGAAAUUUGCAAAGUUAGCUACUCUGAAAAUGCACAUGCCAAUACAUACAGGAGAGCGUAAUUAUGAAUGUAAGAUAUGCAAGAAAUCUUUCUCGAGACCAGGAACAUUGACAGUUCACAUGAGGAUCCACACAAAUGUGAAGAAGUAUUUGUGCACUAUAUGUAAGUGUCGUUUUAUUCGUUCUGAUGACUUAAAGAGACACAAGAUUAGGCAUACCGGUACUCGUGAGCGUGUCUUUAAAUGUAAGGUUUGUGAAAAAACGUUAUUCAAACUUUCCUCUGUUAAAUAUCAUAUGUUAAAGCACUCGGGAGAAUUUCCAGAUAGUCUUAAAUGUAAAAUAUGUCAAAAAGGAAUGCCAAAUUCUUACGCUUUGAAGAGGCAUAUGAUGAUUCAUACAGGAGAACGUCCCUACAAGUGUAAAAUAUGCACGAAAGCAUUCAAUCAGUCACAUUGUUUGAAAUCGCAUAUGAAUAAACAUUUAGAAAAGAGUCCAUACAGAUGUUGCAUUUGUAUGACGAAUUUUUCUUGUUCUAAAAACCUUCAAGAACAUAUGCUAAGACAUACAGGAGAGAAAAAUUAUGGCUGUCAGGUAUGUAAGAAAAAGUUUACAACUAAACAGCAGCUAACGUGUCAUUUUAUGAAUAAACAUUCAACUGAGCGCCCAUAUGAAUGUGAUAUUUGCAAGAAAACUUUCGCGCUGUCAAAAGUCUUAAAGACACACAUGUCAGUUCACAUGAAACAACUUCCAUACAAAUGUGAUAUAUGCAAGAAGUCAUAUGAUAGGAUUGAUUAUCUGGAAGCACAUAUGCAUACUCACACUGGAGAAGAUCGUUUUGCCUGUGAUAAAUGUGGAAAGAUGCUAAAAAGUUUGUGGAACCUCAAGAAACACAUGAAACGGCAUGAAAAUGAUCCUUUUAUAUGUAACAUAUGUGGAAAAACUGUUGUCUAUAAAGAAAAUAUAGAGUUGCAUAUGGAACUUUUCCACUCUGAUGACAAAAUGUCUACAGAAAUUUAAAUAGUAAAUGUUAGAAUGAAGGUUAAAGCAGGGCCUCCUCUGCCAUUUGCCAAUGUAGCCAAAUGCUUCAAAUUUAAAGAACUUGCUACAGAUUUUUAGCUCACCUGUCACAUAGUGACAAGGUGAGCUUUUGUGAUCACCUUCGUCCAUCGUUAGUCUGUCCAUCCGUCAACAAUUUCUUGUCUGCACGAUAGUGGUUUCAUUUAUGAUUUUAUUUUAACCAAACUUGCACACAACUUGUAUCACCAUAAGAUCUCGGUUCUUUUCUUGAACUGGCCAGAUCCCAUAAUGGGUUCCAGAGUUAUGGCCCCUGAAAGGGCCAAAAUCAGCUAUUUUGACCUUGUCUGCACAAUAGCAGCUUUAUUUAUGAUUUGAUUUUUACCAAACUGGCACAUAACUUGUAUCACCAUAAGAUCUCGAUUCCUUUCUUGAACUGGCCAGAUUCCAUUAUGGGUUCCAGAGUUAUGGCCCCUGAAAGGGCCAGAAUUAGCUAUUUUGACCUUGUCUGCACAAUAGCAGCUUCAUUUAUGAUUUGAAUUUAAUCAAACUUGCACAAUACUUGUGUUGCCAUAAGAUCUCAGUUCCUUUGUUGAACCGGCCAGAUCCCCUAAUGGGUUCCAGAGUUAUGGCCCCUGAAAGGGCCAAAAUUAGCUAUUUUGUCCUUGUCUGCACAAAAGCAACUUCAUUUAUGAUUUGAUUUUAACCAAACUUGCACACACCUUGUAUCACUACAAGAUCUUGGUUCCUUAACUGGCCAGAUUCCAUCAUGGGUUCCAGAGUUAUGGCCCCUUAAAGGUCCAAAAUUGACUAUUUUGGCUUUUGCAGCCAUAUAGAGACUUCAUUUAUGGUUUUAUUUGAUACAGACUUCCAAAAUAUCUUCAACAACAAUAAAUCUUGGAUUCCAUGACAGAUCAGAUCCAAUCGUAAUUUCCAGAGUUAUUUUAUAGCUGAUUACCUAUAAGUACUUAUAGGACUUAUUUGAAAUUUCAUUAUUGUCAUUAGUUGGACUGAGCCAAUCAGAUUAGAUAACUAUGGACUGACUUUAUGUCAAAUUACCUCCUUUUAUUGUGCCCCCCCAUGAGUGGUGGGGGCAUAUAGAUUUGGUCUUGUCCGUCCGUCUGUCCGUCCAUCCAUCCGUCCGUCCGAAGUUCGUGACACGCCUAACUCAAAAAGUAUUUGAUAUAAAUUCAUGAAACCUUGCAUGAGUGUUUAUCAUGAUAUGAACUUGCGCACCUCCUAUUUUUCGUCUGGCUCCGCCCCCUAUUUUUAGAGUUAUGGCCCCUGAAAUAGUCAAAAAUGCACAUUAUCACCUUGUGACGCACCUAGCUCAAAAACUAUUCGAUAUAGAUUCAUGAAACCUUGCAUGUGUAUUAAUCAUAAUAUGAACUUGCGCACCUUCUAUUUUUCAUUUUGGUCCGCCCCCUAUUUUCAGAGUUAUGGCCCCUUAAAUAGUCAAAAAUGCACAUUUUCACCUUGUGACACGCCUAGCUCAAAAAGUAUUUCAUAUAAAUUGAUGAAACCUUGCAAUGAGUCUUUAUCAUGAUAUGAACUUGUGCACCUUCUAUUUUUCAUCUGGCUCCGCCCACUAUUUUUAGAGUUAUGGCCCCUGAAAUAGUCAAAAAUGCACAUUUUCACCUUGUGACACGCCUAGCUCAAAAAGUAUUUGAUAUAGAUUCAUGAAACCUUGCAUGUCUAUUAAUCAUGAUAUGAACUUGCGCACCUCCUAUUUUUCAUUUGGGUCCGCCCCCUAUUUUCAGAGUUAUGGCCCCUUAAAUAGUAAAAAAUGCACAUUUUCACCUUAUGACACACCUAGCUCAAAAAGUAUUUCAUAUAAAUUGAUGAAACCUUGCAUGAAUCUUUAUCAUGAUAUUAACUUGCGCACCUCCUAUUUUUCAUUGGCUCCGCCCCCUAAUUUUUGAGUUAUGGCCCCUGAAAUAGUCAAAAAUGCACAUUUUCACCUUGUGACACGCCUAGCUCAAGAAGUAUUGGAUAUAGAUUCAUGAAACCUUGCAUGUGUAUUAAUCAUGAUAAGAACUUGGGCACCUCCUAUUUUUCUUUGGGUCUGCCUCCUAUUUUUAGCUCACCUGUCACAAAGUGACAAGGUGAGCUUUUGUGAUCGCGCAGCGUCCGUCGUUUGUCGUCCAUGCGUAAACUUUUGAUUGUGACCACUCUAGAGGUCACAUUUUUCAUGGGGUCUUUAUGAAAAUUUGUCAGAAUGUUUACCUUGAUGAUAUCUAGGUCAAGUUUGAAACUGGGUCACGUGCGGUCAAAAACUAGGUCAGUAGGUCUAAAAAUAGAAAAACAUUGUGACCUCUCUAGAGGCCAUAUUAUUCACAAGAUCUUCAUGAAAAUUGGUCAGAAUGUUCACCUUGAUGAUAUCUAGGUCAAGUUCGAAACUGGGUUAAGUGCCAUCAAAAACUAGGUCAGUAGGUCAAAUAAUAGAAAAACCUUGUGACCACUUUAGAGGUCAAAUUUUUCAUGGGGUCUUUAUGAAAAUUGGUCAGAAUGUUCCCCUUGAUGAUAUCUAGGUCAAGUUUGAAACUGGGUCACGUGCGGUCAAAAACUAGGUCAGUAGGUCUAAAAAUAGAAAAACCUUGUGACCUCUCUAGAGGCCAUAUAUUUCACAAGAUCUUCAUGAAAAUUGGUCAGAAUGUUCACCUUGAUGAUAUCUAGGUCAAGUUCGAAACUGGGUCACGUGCCAUCAAAAACUAGGUCAGUAGGUCAAAUACUAGAAAAACCUUGUGACCUCUCUAAAGGCCAUAUUUUUCAUGGGAUCUUUAUGAAAGUUAGUCUGAAUGUUCAUCUUGAUGAUAUCUAGGUCAAGUUCGAAACUGGGUCACGUGCGGUCAAAAACUAGGUCAGUAGGUCUAAAAAUAGAAAAACAUUGUGACCUCUUUAGAGGCCAUACUUUUGAAUGGAUCUUCAUAAAAAUUGGUCAGAAUGUUCAUCAUGAUGAUAUCUAGGUCAAAUUCGAAACUGGGUUACAUGCCUUCAAAAAGUAGGACAGUAGGUCAAAUAAUGAAAAAACCUUGUGACCUCUCUAGAGGCCAUAUUUUUCAUGGGAUGUGUAUGAAAGUUGGUCUGACUGUUCAUCUUGAUGAUAUAUAGGUCAAGUUUGAAACUGGGUCAACUGCAGUCAAAAACUAGGUCAGUAGGUCUAAAAUUAGAAAAAUCUUUUGACCUCUCUAGAGGCCAUAUUUUUCAAUAGAUCUUCAUGAAAAUUGGUCUGAAUGUUCACCUUGAUGGUAUCUAGGUCAGUUUCGAAACUGGGUCACAUGUGGUCAAAAACUAGGCCAGUAGGUAUAAAAAUAGAAAAACCUUGUAAACUCUCUAGAGGCCAUAUUUUUCAUGAGAUCUUCAUGAAAAUUAGUGAGAAUAUUCAGUUUGAUGAUAUCUAGGUCAAGUUCAAAACAGGGUCACGUACCUUUGAAAACUAGGUCAAUAGGUCAAAUAAUAGAAAAACCUUGUGACCUCUCUAGAGGCCAUAUUUUUCAAUGGAUCUUCAUGAAAAUUGGUCAGAAUUUUUAUCUUGAUGAUAUCUAGAUCAAAUUCAAAACUGGGCCACACGAGCUCAAAAACUAGGUGACUAUGUCAAAUAAUAGAAAAAACGACGUCAUACUCAAAACUGGGUAAUGUGGGAAGAGGUGAGCGAUUCAGGACCAUCAUGGUCCUCUUGUUUGAGUUAUGGCCCCUGAAAUAGUCAAAAAUGCACAUUUUCACCUUGUGACACCCCUAGCUAAAAAGGUAUUUUAUAUAAAUUGAUGAAACCUUGCAUGAGUCUAUAUCAAGAUAUGAACUUGCGUACCUCCUAUUUUUCAUCUGGCUGUGCCCCCUAUUUUUAGAGUUAUGGCCCCUGAAAUAGUCAAAAAUGCACAUUUUCACCUUGUGACGCGCCUAGCUCAAAAAGUAUUUAAUAUAAAUGGUUGAAAACUUGCAUAAGUCUUUAUCAUGAUAUAAACUUGCACACCUCUAAUUUUUUGGCUGGUUCCACCCCUAUUUUUAAAGUUAUGGCCCCUGAAAUAGUAAAAAAAUGCACUUUUUCACCUAAUUAUGUGCCUAGCUCAAAAAGUAUUAGAUGUAAAUUCAGGAAACCUUGCAGGAGUCUUUAUCAUGAUGUGGCCUUGCACUCUUGGCAUUCUUCUUGAGAAUCUUACUCUUAUUACAGAGUUAUGGCCCUUGAAAUAGCCAGAAUAGUGGAUUUUUUGUUUGUGAUGCUCAUAGCUCAAAAAGUAUAGGGCCUAGAAUAAUGAACCCUUUUCAUAAAAUGUUUGUUGAGGCUAUACCCCAUUAAGACUGCAAACAUUUGAAUUAUUGCCCCUUAUUUGUGACUAAUGUACCAGUGGGGGGGCACACCCUGUGUCCUACAGACACAUUCUAGUUUCAAAUUUAAAUGGGUAUACGGUAUCUCCGUAACUAAUGAAGAUACUGAUCAGAAAUUUCAUAUAUGUCAACAGAUUUAUUUGGCAGAUCCUUCUUUUGUUCACUUACAAUAAUUUUCUUUUUAAUUACAUCCCUUUUACGUUACUAUAAAUAGCUUAAUUUUAGUAACUUUUUUAUUAUUGGCCGUAGGGAAAAACCGAGACUACUUUUCUGUGGUACAACAUGGAUGGUACCUCCAAUUUUUAGGUGAAUUUUGACAUAUCUGUACCUUGUAAGAAUUUUGUUUUUCUUUUUGGUUAAAUUUCUUGCCUUUGUUGUUCCUGUCCUUUGGAUUUAGAUAUUUUUUCUGAGGACCUUCUUGUCCUCAAAUGCAAUGAUAACAGGUGAGCGAUUUAGGGCCAUCAUGGCCCUCUUGUUGUUAGAUUGGAUCUCAUGAGGCACGCAAGUGCCAAGUGUGAUCCAACCUUGCAAAAUCUACUUGAACGGAAUAAAAAAUCCCAGAUCUAGCUACUGUUAAUGAUAAUGAUUUUUUUAUUGUAUACCUCUACCUUUUUGUUUGUUGUUUAGUGUAUACUGAAAAAGAUCUUCAAUGUUUAUAGAUAUUAAAGUGGAAAAAGUGA